GAUCGCCUGGGUGGACCCCGUACACCGGCAGGAAGCAGGCUAAGAUGGCGGCAGCAGAGGUGGCUGAUGGCGACGAUUCACUGUACCCGAUCGCAGUUUUAAUAGACGAGCUGCGGAAUGAAGACGUGCAGCUGCGAUUGAACAGUAUUAAGAAACUGUCGACGAUUGCUUUGGCUUUAGGAGUUGAAAGGACUCGGAGUGAGCUGCUUCCAUUCUUGACUGAUACCAUUUACGAUGAAGAUGAAGUGCUGUUGGCCUUGGCAGAGCAACUCGGAAGCUUUACCGUUCUUGUUGGGGGACCAGAAUAUGUUCAUUGUUUGCUGCCUCCCUUGGAAAGUCUUGCUACUGUGGAAGAGACUGUCGUACGUGAUAAGGCUGUUGAUUCAUUGCGAGCAAUUUCCCAUGAACAUUCUCCUACAGACCUAGAAGUCCACUUUGUGCCUCUGGUCAAGCGUUUGGCUUGUGGUGACUGGUUCACAUCAAGGACUUCAGCUUGUGGUCUGUUCAGUGUCUGUUACCCUCGGGUAUCCAGUUCUGUGAAAAUGGAACUGCGCCAACAUUUCCGUAGUCUCUGCUCUGAUGAUACGCCAAUGGUUCGAAGAGCUGCUGCUUCAAAGCUGGGUGAAUUUGCAAAAGUUCUUGAGCUGGAAUUUUUAAAAAAUGACAUUAUUCCCCUCUUCACGUCUUUGGCUUCUGAUGAGCAGGAUUCGGUGAGGUUGUUGGCAGUAGAGGCUUGUGUGAGCAUUGCUCAACUACUACCACAGGAAGAUCUAGAAGCCCUGGUGAUGCCUACACUACGGCAAGCGGUAGAGGACAAAUCAUGGCGUGUUCGUUAUAUGGUGGCAGACAAAUUUUCUGAACUUCAGAAAGCAGUGGGCCCUGAAAUUACAGAAAAUGACCUGGUCCCAGCUUUCCAGAACCUGCUGAAAGAUUGUGAGGCUGAGGUCCGUGCAGCUGGAGCCAACAAAGUUAAAGAUUUUUGUGAAAACCUGCCAGCAGAUUGCAGAGAGACGGUCAUAAUGAACCACAUCUUGCCAUAUGUAAAGGAGCUUGUAUCUGAUACUAAUCAACAUGUGAAGUCAGCUUUGGCCUCAGUAAUUAUGGGCCUCUCCACCAUCUUGGGCAAGGACAGCACAGUUGAACACUUGCUUCCACUGUUUUUAGCUCAACUCAAAGAUGAGUGUCCUGAAGUUCGUUUGAAUAUCAUCUCCAAUCUGGACUGUGUGAAUGAAGUAAUAGGAAUUCGCCAGCUAUCUCAAUCCCUUCUGCCAGCCAUUGUGGAGUUAGCAGAAGAUGCCAAGUGGAGGGUACGCCUGGCAAUAAUAGAGUAUAUGCCUCUGCUUGCAGGACAGUUGGGAGUUGAGUUUUUUGAUGAGAAGUUGAACUCCUUAUGCAUGACAUGGCUGGUGGAUCAUGUAUAUGCCAUUCGAGAGGCUGCUACAAACAACUUGACAAAACUGGUGGAAAAGUUUGGAAAAGAGUGGGCAGAGUCUACUAUUGUGCCUAAGGUCCUUGCCAUGGCUAGUGAUCCUAACUACCUUCAUAGAAUGACUACACUGUUCUGCAUUAAUGUACUGUCUGAAGCCUGUGGCCAGGAUAUUACUGCAAAGCAGAUGUUGCCGACGGUUUUACAAAUGGCGGGUGAUCAGGUGGCAAAUGUUCGCUUCAAUGUGGCUAAAUCACUGCAGAAAAUAGGACCGGUUUUAGACGCCAACACUUUACAAAGCGAAGUCAAACCAAUAUUGGAGAAACUGAGUCAAGACCAAGACAUGGACGUAAAGUACUUUGCGCAGGAAGCUAUAACUGUUCUUGCUUUGGCGUAGAAAGAGUAAAAUUCAGAAGUUCUCUCUCCAUACUUGCAGUAAGAUCCUCCCAUUGGUGCUGACGCCGAUGAAAACGUGUGUGUUCCACUAUUCCUUAAAAAAAAGCCCUGGAAAAUGUAAAUGUAUUAUUGUCAGAGUCGCUGAAUUUUGGCUGCAUCGGGGACUCUAGUUUCUGCAAUUUGCUGUCUAAAUUUAGCUUGAGUGAUUGUAAUUGUGAGCUACAUUUAUUUAUUUUCAUUGGUUGUAGUGUAUCCAGUGACAUCAAGUAUCUAAACAGUUUAGUUGUUGACUACAAAAAAAAAUGGAAGUGAGAUUGUUUGAGGUUCUUACUUAAAUAAUUCCUUAAUAAUCACUACUGUACCAAAAUUCAAUUGUUUUCAACAGUUGCCAUCAUGUUAUCCACUCAUCACAAAAAACUUGUACAUCCUAAUGGCAAAUAUAAACUUUAAUCAUAAAACUGAAGAUGCUCGAAAUGUACUGCAAGUCUGUUGCCUGAAUAAGAAAGGUAAAUUAGCGUUUUGGAUCAGGAGUCCUAAUGAAGGAUUCCAUCUAAAAUAUUAAGCGAUUUUUCAUCUUUGAAUGACAUGCUCUAUAUUCCCCCCAACUUUACCUUUAUCCAUCAUUGCUGACUUACCUAGUGUUAUCACAGUUAUUUUUUCAAUUGGAGGUGCCCUAUUCAAAAGGAUGGCCAUAUAGGUAAGAAAUUGCUGUGAUCCCAAUGACAUUAAUGCUGAAUUAGCAAGUUAAUUUCAGUGACUACGAUGGUGCCAACAGAUAUUGUGAGUUAAGUAAUUUUAUUAUGUUUCCCCUGUUAGACUGUAUUGCAUUGCAUUUUAUUACUUUCGUAGAUUUUCUAACUUGAGGAUGUGUCUCAAAACAGAGUACAAGAAAUCGUGUCAUUCCAAUCGAUGGGGGCUAAGCUGAGCUUUGCAAGCUGUCAAUACCGCAAAUUGUGUAUUUUUACAGUUGAAAGUUGUGUUCAACAUUAGUCUUUGUGAACAAUUUUAGAUCAUGAUAGAUGGAAUUUAACUCUUGCCAGUUACUGUUUUUUUCCUCCUCUUUGUACAAUACACUAUGUUGCUUGUCACCCGAAUAAAGUGGAAAAAGGCCAA